GCGGAGCGGAACGGACCGGCGCGAGGGCUGGUCCCAGUCUGUCAGCGCAUGGGAGAGGGCCGACCCAUCAGGAGGCUGGGCUGGGCACCACCUUACAGGGCCCAGCCCCCCCUUCACCAGUCCCACACACACACGCACACGCUCCCCCUCUCCCUCUCACUCGCUCUCUUUCCGUCCCCGCUCUCGCUCCGGCAGGCUGCGUCCCUCCGUCUCUCCGCAGAAACCCGCCGCCCCGGCUUGAUCUGAUUUUAUUUUGUUAUCGUCGUUUUUUUUUCCGAAAGCGGGAAGACUGAGUGUGCGCGUGUGUGCUGAGCGUGCGUGCCCGCGUGUGUGUACCCGUGUGUGUGUGUGUGUGUACGUGCGUGUCCUCGGCUGAAGCAGAAGUUUGGUUCGCCUGGAAGUGCCGUCGCGAAGCGGAGGGGAGAAAGGAAGACCCGUUGCCGUGACUACAGAAGACCCGCCGCCGCCACCAUGAUCCGAGUCGCGCUGCUGCUGCUCCUCGCCCUGGCGGGCCCGUUCUGCGCCGUCGCGCACGCAAGCACUCUGGUGCCAGCCUCAGCCCUGGAGGACGCUCCGGUGACAGAGGCGUCUGUCGCGCUCGAGGCCACCCCUGAGGCCGCCGCCGCCGCCGCUGAUCCCGUGGAGGCCGCCGAACCCGCGGCCCCGGAGGCUGUGGACGCCACGGAGCCGGCCCCCGGAGAGGCGGCCGCGCCCGAGCCCACCGACGCCCCGGCGGCGGCGCCGGCCGAGGCCGCUGAGCCCUCCGCCGCCCCCGAGGCGCCGGCCGAGGAGGUCCCGGCCGAGGUCCCGGGGGAGGUCCCCGCGGAGCUGUCCACGGAGGUGCCCGCGGAGGCGUCCGCCGCUCCCGCCGAGGCCCCCGCCGAGGCCGCCGAGGACCCCGAGCCCGCCACCGCGGCCGCUGAGCCGGCCGUCGCCACGCAGCCGCCCGCGCCCGAGGAGCCCGCCGCGCCCGUGGUCACCGAGCCGCCCGCCGUCGCCCCGGAGGCGCCCGCCGCUCCCGCCCAGGCGGAGGAGACUGCCGCGGACCCCACCGUGCUGGUGGAGGUCCCCGAGGAUGGUAUGGGCACAGGCCAGGUAGUGGGAAUCGUGAUCGGUUCGCUACUGGCGCUGAUCAUCGUCAUCGUCGUGGUGGUGUCCGUGAUCAGAAGGAUGGGCCGUUAUUCGUCUCCAAAGAAAACAAAGAAAUCCAAGGCUCAGGAAAACAUCUUGGUUUCUCCCUUGAGGAGAAAAACUGGCAAAAAGGAAAAGGAAGGACGCCCAGUGUUCUGGAAACUGAACUACUGAACUAUGUCAUUUCCUGUCAUUAAAUAAGCAUGUUACCAGCACUCUAACCUACACAGAAUUCUGGACUGUUGCCAAGAAGGGAAGGGGGAAACCGCCCCCCGUCCCCCUCCCUACCCACAACCCUACCCCCACUGCCACCCCAAGGGUGGACACAGGAUGUGACAUUGAAUUUCAGGGUCCUUCGUAUGCAUUUUAAAACGAACAAGCUUUUUUUUUUGUUGUUGUUUUUGUUUUUGGACGCUCACAGUAUAGCGAUGUACUUUUGUGCAUCUUUCAGAAUUUCUGUGAAGAGGCCCGAAAACAUUAAAAAAAGAAAUUUACUACACGCCUUUAAAAAAUAUAAAAAUUUAGAAUUUAUUGAAAUUAAGGAGAUAAAUGGGGAGUAUUUCACAAAUUCCACGGCAUGUAUAUACUACACUUAGGGACUAUAGUGAUUACUGGUUCAUCUGUCGCAGUUGCUUGCUCUAGCUUACAGUAUAUGGUAAAGGGCCGUGUAGCCUAUUGUGGCCCCAAAUAGAGGAAUUAGACCAAUAUAGAUUAAACCCCCUGCUAUGUGUUGGUAUCACACACACACACCGAGUGAACUCUCUUACUAACAACGUGAAUUUGCAACUGUAUGAAGCCUCGUGCGCCGAAGUUGAAGCAGUGCCGCGCUCCCUGGCCUACGGGCCGACCGAGGGGCGGAGGAGAGAGAGAGACGCGCCUCGUCUGCGGGUGCGAACGGGAGUCAUUCUGCCAGCUCUAACACUGACGUAUAAAAACCCCUAAUACAUAUCUGUGAUAUUUAGCAGAAUGGUUUGCGCCCACUCCCCGUCCCCCUUGUCGUAUCCCCCAUAUGAAAUGUAGAGAUUUGACUUCUGAAGCUCAUUAAUGUGAAUUGACUUGUCUGUACGUUUUUUAACCAGUAGGUUGAGUUCCAACGUCAGGUCUUCUAUCUUCUAUCUUUUAUCCAUCUGAAUGUGUUCCACGUCCCUUUCUCUGUGAACACCCAACCCCCACCACCUGACCUCCCCACCCCCCCUGCUAGCGUCGAUGUUGAAGCAAGGUCCAGCAUACAAGGACUAUGCCUGUAUGCCUGUGCUCUCAUGGUCCUGAAAUAGGCCAAUCAACUCCUUCUUCUCAAGUGUACGCACAUGGAUUCAGUGUCAGUGCACCAAACAAUUCAACAUUCAACAGAAAACAAAUCUUCGUUUUUGUUUUUAAUCGCCAUUGACCAUUAAUAGGUGCAAAAUAACUCCGUCUUGGUUUUGCUGUGCUCGCUUUAAGACCUCUGUAAUAAGUGCACUGAAAUAAAAAAAUGAAAUAAUGUGUAAUGAAUUUGCUUUUAGACACUGCAACACUUUUUCUAAGAGUUUGCAACGAUUUUUUCCCGAGCUUCUGCCACAUUUGCUGCUUGCUUCACGUUCUGUACCAAUUCUAGGUCUUUAAUUUGCUGUCUGACUGUUGAAGUCCUUUUAUUUAAUUGCAGUGUUUUUUUUGUUGUCGUUUUUUUUGUUCAUACUGUUUCAAUAAAAAAAAACUGAAAAACUG